AGUUUGUUGGAGGAUUCUUCUCUCUCUCUCUUCUCUUUCUCUCUCUCUUUCUUUCUCUCUCUUAUCAUCUCUCUCCCUCCAAAGACGGCGACUGUAAUCUUAAAAUCAAUCUUUCCUUCAUCGUAAGAUCUCACCGGAGAAAAUAUAACAAAAGAAAAAAACUUCACUCAGAUCAGAUCUCUUAAAGCUCACAUCUUUUACCUUUAUUUCUUUCUCUUUCUCGUUUGGUGUUUUUUUUUUUUUUUUUUCCGGUUGUAUCUUAAACACGGAGGAGGUGUAGAGAUUUUUUCACCGUGGCUUAAGAAAACGGAAGAAGAAAGAAGAAGAAAUAUGGAAGCUAACGGGAAUGAAAGCUUGGUGAAUCCGAAUCUGAGUCAGAGUCAGGAGAGAGAGUUUAUUAGAAGACAUCAUCAACAUGAGCUUCUUCAGAAUCAGUGUAGCUCUACGCUUGUUCAACAUAUCAACGCUCCUGUUCAUAUCGUGUGGUCACUGGUGAGAAGGUUUGAUCAGCCGCAGAAGUAUAAACCAUUUAUAAGUAGGUGUGUGGUGAAAGGGAACAUGGAGAUUGGUACAGUAAGAGAGGUCGAUGUCAAAUCUGGUUUACCAGCUACUAGAAGUACUGAGAGGUUGGAGUUACUUGAUGACAAUGAGCAUAUUCUCAGUAUCAGAAUCGUUGGUGGUGAUCACAGACUCAAGAACUAUUCAUCGAUCAUCUCACUUCAUCCUGAGACUAUAGGAGGAGGAGGAGGAGGAGGAAGAACAACAGGAGGGACACUUGUGAUUGAGUCAUUUGUGGUUGAUGUACCAGAAGGGAACACAAAGGAUGAGACUUGUUACUUUGUUGAGGCUUUGAUCAAAUGCAAUCUUAAAUCUUUAGCUGAUAUCUCUGAACGUCUUGCCGUUCAAGACACCACUACUGAGUCUGAAACUGACUGAUUGAAUCAAUGAAUGGAGAGGUCUCUUGAGAGUUUUGGUUUGUUGCUGCCAUGGAUGAAGCUCUCGAGAGUGAAAAAAAGUCUCUUUGAGGAUGGACAAGGCCAAAACUAAAAACAGUAUCAUCAUUGUUACAUCAUAAGUUUUCCUCUCAUUUGUCUAUUUUUGGGGGUCUUUUCACUUUCAUUCCAACCCUCUUCUUUUUUUUUUUGAUGUGUCUAAUUUUAAUGAAAUGUUUUUUGGUUUCUCUCUAUAGUAACCAAAAUAUGAUUUUGGAGUUUGGCUUUAGCCACUUGCAGGAAUCUUUUUACAAUUUGCAGAGACCAAUGUUAAAAAAGUGUGAUCAUGGGGUUCCACUCUCUUCACACUUUUAGUUA